CCAUGGAAGACAAGGCUACAGAAAAUGGAGUGGCAGCCAUGGCCGCCUGCUACCAGCGCUUUGACCCGUCGGCGUACCUGCAGUACAACUACACUCCACCGCGGGCUGACUUUGACCGGAAGGACAGCAUUGUGCCCUGGAAACUGGCGUGCUUGCAUCGAGCCUUCACGGAAGGUGACGUGAGCGGCAAGCUGCUGGUGGACAUCGGAUCGGGUCCCACCCUGUACCAGGUCCUGAGCGGCUGCGAGGUCUUCAACGAGGUGGUCCUCACAGACUUCCUGGAGGUCAACCGCAAGGAGUUGAGGCGCUGGCUGCAGGGCGAGGAAGGCUGCAGCCUGGACUGGACGCCAUACCUGCAGCACGUCUGCAAGCUGGAGGGGCGACGGCCCUCGGCAUGGACAGAGAAAGCCGCCAAGCUCCGCCGGGCGAUCACCGACAUCCUCCCGGUGGACGUACACCGUCCUCAGCCCCUGGACCCUCGAGUCCUUCCCCCCGCGGGGGCCGACUGCCUGGUGUCCUGCUUCUGCCUGGAGAGCGUGAGCCCAGACCUGGCCGCCUUCACCAAGGCCCUGGGCCACAUUCAGAACCUUCUCCGGCCCGGCGGCCACCUCCUGCUCAUCGGCGCCUUGGGAGAGAGCUUCUAUUUCGGGGGCCCCGGGGUAAAGAUACCCGUGGUCCCGCUGGAUGAGGCGGAGGUGUGCGCCAGUCUUAAGGAGAGCGGCUACACCCUGAUCAGACUGGAGGUGUACACCCUGCCCCAGGACAUGAGAGUGGGGGUGGAUGACGUCACCGGGGUGUUUUUCGCCAAGGCCAGGAAGGACUAAACAGUGUAUUCUAGUGUAAAAGUGAUGGACCAGACGCCAGCUGGUGUUGGAAUGUGAUCACACAGUGCCCCCUGCAGUCCAAACGACGUCAUUACAGCAGAUGAGUCUUUUAAAAAAUUGUAUUUAUGCUAGAUGACAUGAAAUAUGUAAGUAAAUAUUAUUCAAAAAAUAUGAAUAACAUCAUAGUACAUUUUAAUGUGUUUAAAAAUGUUAUGAAAAAAUAUCAUAUAUUCUGUGACA